CUAUCGACCAAGAGCGAGAGUGAGUGACAGCAUCGUUAGUACCUAUCGAACGACCAAGAGCGAGACGAGAGUGAGUGACACCGCCUAUCGGUUGCAAAUGGCUGUCAAGGUCGUCGCCGGGAAGACCCCUGCCGCUCAGCCCAAGAGCGUGGGGCGGCGGAUGUGGCGCCUGGCGCGCACCGUCGUCUACCUUCUGCGCCGCGGCGCGCUGUCGUCCGGGCGUAAGCUCGCCAUGGACCUCCACCGCAGCAGGGACGCCAGCAAGGCCCUCGCCGGCUUCGCCAACUUCCACCGCCGCGGCGCGGUUCGCUCUUGCUCCUCCUUCGUCGCAGCGAAGCACCGUGACGACGAAACCGCCGGCUGUUACAACAGCUACGACGCGGCAGACAUCGCGAGGGCGUUCGAGAUGCUCAACGACGGCGGGCGGCACCUCUUCGACGACGAGGAUGGGGGGCUCGCGGCGACGACGCCCUCUCCCGCCGCGUGGGCGUCGCCGGCCUUCGGGCGCAGCGCGGCUACGGGCCAGCUGCGCAUCAUCGACUCGCCGUUCACGGCGGGCGAGCACCAGCAGGUGGACAGGAAAGCCGACGAGUUCAUCAGGAGGUUCUACCAGCAACUGCGUGCCCAGAAGAGCGUCUCCGCCACGCCGGAAAGCCGCGGCCACGUCCCAAGGCUGGUCGCCGCUCAAUUUUAGAAAUAUUAGCGAUGGACUGCUCGAGGCGGCCGCCGGUCGCCCGGCACGGGGAGCACAACGCUGCCAUGUCUUCAUCUUCAGACAACGUAAAUCAUCCACAUGACCACAUCCUCUGUAAACGACUAAACGUGAAACAUUGUGCAAUUUGAAUUGUGGUGGUACGCUUGUAUUGCUGUGUCGCUUCGGCUAUCUGUCGUCCGGGGACUGUCAGUGACCCGGGUGAAAGCAGGCUACAUCUACAGCUGUGGGUACAUAGUAGAAAGAAAGCAUGGGAGGAGCUGGAAAAUACAUGGUUGAACCCGGCACUUCAGAAAACACAUUUUUAAUUGCCAAAAUAUUCUGAGAAACAGUUCCACAC